AUGGUCAUCCGCGUGUUCAUCGCCUCCUCCUCGGGCUUCGUGGUGAUCAAGAAGCAGCAGGAUGUGGUUAGAUUUCUGGAAGCCAACAAGAUAGAGUCUGAGGAGGUGGACCUCACGACGUCAGAAGAGCAGAGGCAGUGGAUGUACAAGACCAUCCCGCCGGAGAAGAAGCCUGCUCGGGGCAACCCUCUGCCACCUCAGAUAUUUAAUGGCGACCGAUACUGUGCAGAUUAUGACAGUUUCUUUGCAUCCAAGGAAAGCAACACAGUCUUUUCAUUCUUAGGCCUGAAAUCACAGUUGGCAUCAAAGGCAGAACCUUAGCGAAGACAAGUGGAAGAGGACGGAGAUGCGUUUUGGAGCGCCCCUGGUACUCAGCACACACCUGCUUACCUAAUGCAUCACUGUGACAGAAGCCACAUGCAUUAUGAGUAACUUUGCUUGCCGUGGAAAAGGUGUUUUGGGAAGACAUGGGU